AUGGGUUGCAACACUAGCCAGGAGAUACCGAGCUACGGCGGUGGACAGAAGGCGACCGAUUCGGCCGCUGCCCUUGGUGAGCUGCUGGAAGGUGAUAUUGAAGAGGUCGAGGCGGCAGCUACAAAGAUCCAGGCAGCGUUCCGUGGCCACCAAGUGCGCAGAGAAAUGAAGCAAGGAGACGGUGUUACCGGAGCGGAGGGUCAGCAGAAGCAGGACCAGCAGACGGAACGGGAACCGACCAAGGAGGAGCUGGAGGCCGAAUUCGACCCGAACGACCAAGAGUUGACCCACGCCGCGACCCGUAUACAGGCCAGCUUCCGCGGCCACAUGGCCAGAAAGACGGCCGGUACGAAGGAGGACGAGAAGAAGGAGGUGGAUAUUGAUGAAAUUACCAAAAAGGUGGCCGAAGAGCUGGACAUCGACAUGGACGAUCCGGAGCUGCACAAAGCGGCCAGCAAAAUUCAGGCCUCCUUCCGCGGACACAAGGUGCGCAAGGAGGUACCGAAGGAGAACGAAAACUAAGCGGGUGGCGUGCGCGCCAAACAACUUACUGUACACCCGCGUCGAAGCGUCGGCCACGGACCCCUUUGGUAAAUCGAGAUCGUUCCCUCACAUCCAUCGCCGACGGUGAUGGCAUUCCCCCAUUAUCAUCCUCCCUGUUCGUCGGUCGGGGCGGAGGGAACGAUCGAGAGGGGAUAUAUUUGGUGUGUGUGUGUAUGUGUAUGCCGACAGCGUACCACGAGUAUAUCGCAAUUUGUGGAAAUUUAAUGAUAAAUCUAAUAAAAAAAGAAAGAAAAGAAAACAGAUAAACCUUAAACUAAACGGAUGAAUGCACUUGUUAUGAUUUUAUAAAUUUUAUCGAUUUUAUCGAAUCGAAUAUUAAAAACUAGAAAAUCAAUCCUAAUGAAUAGAACCAACAAACAGUAAAACAAAAAGAAACACAAAACACUACACACUCACUAGCUCCUCUACUGAACGUUUGUGCGAAUUUCUAGCAACUAAUGUAUAACAAGUCCAGAAAAGGGUAUCGGUUAAAAAGGGGAAAAAGUGGGAUUAGCACAGCACAGGUAGACAGACGAAAAGGGGAAACGUAUAAGAAUGGUAAACCGUAAUUGAAGCAAAGAUACCCCCUGAAAUAAAUUACACACACGAUAGAGAAACGAACGAGUAUCAAAGAUCAUUUAACAAAAAAAAAACUACAAAAAUACACAAAGUUUACUCUUUAAGCUAAUACAAUGCAAAACAUUAGAAAGAUGCUAUAAAUACAA